AUGGACAUGUACACUUUUUCGAACGAAGCAAACACCGUGAAGGGAAUCCCAGUCAAUGACUCGGAAUCCUCGCUCGGAAUAUGUGAAACGCGGUGGACGGGCAGCGGUGAGUUCAACAGCGAUAGUUUCAAGGUGCUAUAUUCAGGUGAAGUAUAUGCACCAACGACUGCAAGUAGUGAAGAAGAGAUUGAUGAAUUCUACAACACAUUGGAGAAAGCUAAAACACAAUGUAAGUCGACAGAUGUUACAGUCAUAAUGGGAGACCUAAAUGCAAAGGUAGGAAACGAGGCAGAAGGAGAAACAGUUGGAAAGUUUGGUCUUGGUACACAAAAUGAAAGGGGAGAAAAAUGGGUUCAGUGGUGUAAAACAAAUGAGUAUGUAUUAACCAAUACAUGGUAUGAGCAACAUCCACGAAGAUUAUGGACAUGGCUGAACCCGGGAAGCGAUUUUAAGAACCAGAUUGACUACAUUGCUAUCAAGAAACGGUAUAGAAGUGCAAUUAAGAACUCAAAGGCAUACCCAGGAGCAGACUGUGGUAGUGAUCAUAACCCAUUCAUAUGCGAGUUAAAGAUUAAGAACGGCAACAAAAUUAAUUAA